AUGAGAGAUGUUUUGACAGUUUCUUUUUUGCCAGAUAAUAGACAAAUUGUUUCAGGGUCAAGAGAUAAACUCAUCAAAUUAUGGAAUACACUUGGUGAAUGCAAAUUUAAUAUUCAGGAUGAAGGUUAUACUAAUUGGGUAUUUUGUGUUCGAUUCUCGCCAAAUUCCUCCAAUCCAGUCAUUGUAUCAUCCGGUUGGGAUAAGCUUGUAAGGAAAUUAAAUAUAUUUCAAAGAAAAAGUUUAACCAGAUCUGAACUUAAAACUAAUCAUCAUGGGCACACUGGAUAUAUUAAUACUGUUACUAUUCCACCAGAUGGGUCGCUUUAUGCAUCUGGUGGAAAAGAUCCAAAUGAUGAAAGAUACAAUGAAAGAGGGAAGUGGGAUGUUGUGUGGUUUACUCUUAGAGGGCCUUCUUUAGAAUUGUUUAGAAUAAUUAGAGGGAAUGCUUGGAAAAACAAAAAACCAACAAGAGAUGUUCUCUCAUUAUUAAAUGAAAUUGAGGAAGAUGAAGAUCGAAUUUAUUUAGUCUUGAAGAAAAAGAUACUCCAACCAAGUGUUUAUUGGCCAUUAAUCUUGCACAUAGUCAAAAAUAUGACAAUACCAAUUUGGGACCUCGAAACUAAGAAAGUUAUUGAUGAUUUAAAGCCUGAUUUUACGGAGACUGGUAGACACUCAAAAGAUCCCGAGUGUAUCUCUUUGGCUUGGUCACCUGAUGGUACUAUACUGUUCGCCGGAUAUACAGGAUGGGCUAGUGGGAAUGAAGCAACAGAUGAAACAAUUAAAAAGACACAAUAA